GUCUCUCUCUCUCUCAGGCGCGCGCUUCGGGAGACAACCAUGAGAUCGAAGCGAAACGGUGGCGAUCCAGGCGGUCUAAAAGACGUGCCCAUAGUGGAUGGUGGCGGUGGUGGGAAGGACCUUUGUGGUAGCGAAUCGGAAGAGGCGUCAUCCGGAGUGACCCAGGAGCUUGGCGGAGAGCGGCCGCUCAAAUCUGAAGGAGCUACCAGUAUGGCAGCAGAUUCUGCAGGGACUGAGUGGACGGAUGAGAAGCACAAAUCAUACCUUAAUUCCAUGGAAGCAUCUUUUGUCAGGCAACUUUAUGAUCAGGAGUGUUUUUCUGGACACCCGCUGAAUUGGUUGUCAAAGAAGAGAAAGCUGCUCAACCAGAGACCUACACAGUCAACCAUUGGCAGUUCGCCUUUCAGCCAGUUCAAGGUUCUGCAAGAGGGUUGCUGGCAGAAGAUAAAUUUUGAUGAUACGAGUGCUCGAUCAGAUGCAGCAAAGGACAAAUGGCAGCUCUUUGCUAAUCCGUGGAUCCAACAUUUUGCAACGGCUUCUUCAAGCAAAAUGCACACCAUAACACCAUCAAAAUUUUUGGGGAAAGCAUCUUGGGAGGCUGAAAAGAGAACAUGUUACGAAUGGAAUGAAGGGGUGUCAAGUUCAUCUCAAAUCAAUGUUGGACAGAUACCUGCUGAUUGUUCAAGGAAGCACGUACUCGAAAUUUAUGGCAACACUACAGGAGGGCUCACUGCUGGAAAAAUCUGCUGCUCGCCGGAGGUAGGACACUCGAAGUCGAAGACGGAGGAGGGAGGUGCUCACUGCUGACACGUGAAAGGGUUAAACCCUAAACACGUAAGCCUUGUAAAACUUCAAACUGAAGUGAAAAAAGAGGACAAGCUUGUCCUCGACUUAUGCUGACCGCACCAACUUGUCGUUGACAUGAGUCGGGUGCGUGUCGAAAAAUGGACAAACUUAGACGUGUUUGGCUGACCGCACUGGACUCGGCUGGAGCCGUGUCGGAGGCGAAUCGACAACCACACACGCACGCGAUGUGUGUGUGGGUGCCUAACACACACACUCAGGUGACUUAGCAGCUAAAUGGGGAAGACAAAAAAGAAGAUUUAAUGUCAUGCAAAUUUUGGUUGUGCCCGAAGAUUUCGAGGUAAAUGAGCAUGCCAAAGAAAUUUAAGUUUCCAAUACAGAAACUCCCUCUCUCUUUCUCUCUGUUUGACAUCAACUUCCAUAAAAAAUAUUUUUGUCAGAAGAGUGAUUAAUAAGAUUACUUGAAUUCAUGCAGAUCUCUCUCUUCUGAUGUAUUGCAAUGACAUUUAUUAUUAAAAGGACUCUCUCUCUCUGUGUCCAAAGAGUAAGACUUGCACAGUUUAGUACACCAAAUAGUGUGUUCUGACAAAAUUAUGGCAAUUGAAACAUUAACUGUCUGCUAAGUAAUACAUUCCAUAAAGUUGCAUUUAUUUUUGUAAAUUGCUG